CGUCUUGGCAAAUAGACCAUGCGCGCUGGAGUAUCUACGCGAUUAGUAGCCUAUGGAUGGUAACUUAUAUUUGUGCAAUUGCAGUAGGCUAGAACUUGUGAUACUUCCUCGGUUACGUUGUCUUUUUCGGAAGCAACGGAAAUGUGUUUUAGAGGACACCAUCUUCACUAAAGGUUGAGAAUCUAUCUGGACUUUAUACUACAUGAAGAGCCAAUGGAGGAAGAGAAGGAAGUUGAUAAUAUCCAAGCAAAAUCCAGCUCCCCUUUACCCAUUGGGUUUCCCAUUAACUGGGGGCUUAUCACUGGCCCUGUUCCGCAGCCUGUUCUUCCAGCACCCUCCUUGAGCACCCAACUUCCUCCUCAGAGUUCAGCCGUGCAUGCGCAACAGAUCAAGGUCACUAAGUCACUAACACAGAGAAGGACAAGAGGCAGAGACAGAGAGAAAGACAGAGAAAGGCUGGACACAGAUAUGGUAGGUGGGAGCAGUCCAGCAGAGCAGGUAUCAUCUGAACUCCCUCUGAGACAGAGACGCAGAGGGAAGGGACAAGUAUCUCUGGCUGAACCCUCGGGGCAAUCUGGUGCUGUGAAGAACUUAAGCAGUAGUGAUGAAGAGGAGGAGGUAGAGGUACAAGUCAGGCUGGAGAGCCACAGCCCUCCGGCUGAAGCACAAGGGAAACAUAUGUUCCAGAGGGGAGAAGAAACCCAAAAAGAGAGGUCAGAAAGAAACAAGGGCCAGGUCAGCUUUCAGACCAGCCAGUCUUAUGGGCUUGGGGAAGGUACCAGUCUGAAAGGCCUUCUGUCUGAUAACUCAAGUAAUAGUAAGGAUGAACCAUCCCUUCCUUCUCCACCACCUGCACUCUCCUCCUGCUCUGCUGCCACCUCUGCCUCCACAACAUUUUCCUCUUCUUCCUCUAUGUCAGGAAGACACUGGGCACCACCCAAAGGAUUCUGGAGAGUAGCAUGCCCAGAAACAUUGCUUCUAAAUGGUGUUGGCCCUCACAACAUACCUUCCACUUUACCUCUGAAGGACUAUACUCAGACAGGAGCACUGGCAGAGCCUCAGAAGAAGUCUAAGCCAGCUGAAACAGGCACUAGGGGCGAUGUGGGGGGUGCUGUGGUUGAGAGCAAUGAAUCAUCAAAAGUCAAGCACUCUGACCGUGUGGGAUGCUACUUGGACAGGUGUGAACAGGAGAUAGAUGCUGGUGACCCUGCCAAAGGCCUGUGCAGAUUAGACAGCUGGCAGAGCUUGACUUCACAAAGUGGGAUGCCCUCAGCUGAUGAGAAGAUGAAGGUGAAGCAGAGGGCUUAUGCAAUGUUAAGGGAAAAACAACAAGACUGCAAGGAGGUGAGAGAGCAGAAUGGAGAAGAAAGUGCCAGAUAUUGUGGAGACAGGACUCUCAAAGUGGGAAGUAAAGCAUGUGUCCGUGGGGUUUUGGACAUCUCAGGCUCAGUGGGACUUGAACCACAUUUGAGUGAUGAGCUUCCUCUGAGCCCAAGACACGAGCAAGCCAAGCGUCUCCUGGAGCGAGCACGACUCAAGGCUCGCUUCAGUCAUGUUAAAGCUGAUCACCCCUGCAGAUGCUUCCAUUUUGAUCAGAGAACCACAGUGAACCACCAGCAAGUUGAAUCUCCCAGUCCAACACCAGUGAAGAAAGCUGUUCAAACUGAAGAAGAUCUUACAGCACAAAUUGUGUCAGGCCCCCUCCUCAUACCCACUCAAAGAGAUGCUUCCCCUGGCGACCAAGGAGGUCAGUCUAGACGGUAUGGUUGUUCACCCACACGGGUACGCUUUGAAGAUGAAUCAGACAAAGAAGUAGAGUCUCGGUAUUUGGAUAGGGUCAGACAGCGUGGUAGGCCUGGAGUCCCUAAGUCCAGCAGUAGUGGUACAGAGAGGAGCAGAAGACAUAGAAGUGUUUCCAUGCCUCCCUCACAGAAGCAAGAAGAUAUAUGUGUUAGUGGUGAGACCACGACAGUGAUUAAAGAGAUAGUAGUGUUGGUGAAGAAAUGUGAGGCAUGUGGGUCUAUAGUCAGAGAACCUCAGUCAAUCAUAUCACCAUCAGAUCCACAAAACAAUGACCCACAGCAGUCUGGUAACUCUGAGGAUGCACAGGGUAAACCAGUUCAUCGCUGGGAGCCUCCAAUCAAGCCAGAGGCAAAUAUUUGUCCCAAGGCUCCUCUUACUGUCACUUUUGCUGGGGCAUAUGUUCUGGGAGAAAAUGAAGAGAGUAACAUAGGAUGGAAGGCAUCAGGGUUUGGGAAACUUCGGAGAAGGAGCAGGAAAGGAGAAAGCCAUUUGGAGUCUGGCCAUGGCCCUUAUGGUCCGUCAUGGGCUCAGCGGCGUAACUCAAACCCUAGGAACAGGGUCAACUUGAACAGAGCAGUUUCCUUUGCUCCUGGUAGCCCCAUAGCUCUUGAGCUGAAAGCAUCAUGUGGUCUAAGAGAAUCACCAACCCAGUCAUUUCCUAUAAAGUCAGCGCUGAAGUCAAGCUCAAGGAAUCGCUCUGCUACAGGUCAGUCUACAGUUCAGUUCCAGUUUAACUCCAACCAGGGAGGUGACGGUGGAUCUCCAUAUUCUGUCUUCCUGGACUCUCCAGAGACAAAAAGGGAGUUCCCAAUGACUGUAACCCAAGGAACAUCUGCAACAAGCAGCCCAGUGCCCUGUAUCAGGCCUUGCACUCUGAAGUACUCACCAGCCCGAGUCAACCCAGACAUGCCAACAGUUGAAACCUGGGAUGCCACUCCAGAUGGAACAGCAGGUCUGCGUGGAGACCAUGGUUCAGGUCCUGAGUUCAGAUCCCAGGCUCUGUCUCGGGCUGAGGACCUCAGAGCAGAGCUGUUGAGAGCAGAACAUCUGAAAGCUGAGUUCACAUAUGAGGAAAACUCUGAUGGGUCGAGAAAACUGGAUGGAUGGCCAAAGAUAUUCCUGCGUCACUUCUUUUCCUCCAUCGGUCUGAACAGUGUUGGCAGACUUGUAAAAGGAGGCCAGUCCAGCAGUAUGGAACAGCUCAGUACCCCCAGCACCCUGCGAGCCAGCUUUGCCUCCCCAAGCAUACAGAGGACACCCUCACUACAGACCCUGCACACAGUGCUGCCACUGGCCCAACUGCACAAAGCCUCCUCAGUGCAGGGCUUAGAGAGAAGAACAGAGCGUUCCACCAUUCUGGGAGAGGUGCCGAUACCAUACGGCCUGGCACCCAGCCCUGAUAGCCCUCGGCUCGAACUUCACAGAGCUCUCAGUGUUGAAAAUGUACGCACCUCCAGAACUGUACAUCCAGUGGGUAGAAUCAUCCAGGCUUUUCCUGAUGGGACUCUCCUCCUGGAGCUCAUCAGACCCCCAAAUGGUCCUUUUGGUUUUGUCAUCUCAAGGGGCAAAGGUCGACCAAAUGCGGGAGUAUAUGUAGAGAAAGCGGGUGACGGCAGCGGUGAGGGGCCCUACAUAGGUCUCCUUGGCAUUGGUGAUGAAAUUCUAGAGGUGAACGGAGAGGCGGUGGCUGGACUCAGUCUGGACCAGGUGACACGGCUCAUGACCCGAGAAAGCAUCGCUUCACUUCGGAUCAUGCCAGCCCCACGCAACCAGCGCUGACCUGCACCACAGGCAUGGCACAGAGCCAUUUCUCCUGGAGCCAUGGAUUCUAAUUCAUCACUGCUGAUGAAGUGUAACCUAUAGGUGAAUGUGAGCUAGUAGGUAUAUAUUUCAGUGCAGUUUCAGGAUGGCUACAUGGGUUCAUUUCAUAUUAGUAUAAACAAUAUUAUACUGCAAGGGACUUGGAUCACAACAGCAAACUGAUAAAAUAACCUAAAAUGAAAUGCAGUAACUAGAAAGUGGACUUUAUAGUAUAUAUUGUUAUUUUAAUCCAAAGUUAGAACCAGAAAUGCUGAUUCAAAUCCAACACAACUAGUUUUUGUGCAUUAUUUUAGUUUUGAUGAUCAAACAGGGAUAGACUUAAGCAACUCGGUUUUCAUUGACUGUGACUUAUUUUGAGCUGUGCAACACACAGGGCAUGCUACCCUAAAUGCUUAAUCUUUUUUUGUUUUGUUUAAGGUUUUAGUUCCCAUUCCCAUUAAACUCAUUGAUUAUUUCAGAUGAUUGGUUACUGUAGGAAUGUGCCACAAAUGUUAUCUUGGUCCAUGAGACCCUCAAACUUAAGAACAAUCUGCACAACAAAGAAAUGCAUUAAAAAAUGGUGCGCUUCACUGAAAUGCAACUGGAUUAGAGAUUAUAUCCAAACAAAACACCAAAUCCUAUCAAAAUCUAUUUUUAUUGGAUCAUAUUAUCCUGCACGAUCCCUUUAUUGCAGUGGCU